CUCAUAUCUCCUCCUCCUCCUCCUGGACUCAGUUCCUUUCGUGCAUCUGCAGGUCCUGCUCGUGGUCCUGGUCCCGGGUCCUGAGAAUCGAAGCGGAUCAGAUGAUGUGGCUGCUCGUGUUGGCCGGUGUUCUUCACUGCGCCUCGGCCUCUGACGUGGAUGUGAACAAACUGGAGGGUUUGGCGAAGGCGCGGGUGGAGUCAUGUGGUGGAUGACAGCUGAACAGGCUCAGAGAGGUCAAAGCCUUUGUGACCCAGGAUAUUCCUCUUUACCAUAACCUGGUGAUGAAGCACAUUCCUGGGGCCGACCCUGAGCUUGUCCUCCUGAACCACUACUUUGAAGAGCUGGACCGGAUUCCCCUCUCUGACAUGACCCGCUCAGAGAUUAACGCGCUGCUGGGGAAACUGGGCUUUUACAAGAAGGCUCAGCCUGAGGAUGAGGUGCCCGAAGAGUUCCGCUUCUCUCCCGCCAAAGACAGCCCGUUUAAAGACGAGCAAGCUCACAAAGCCGCCACUUCUCCUCCUCCCCCUGCCACAGAGAGCGUCUCCUCAGAGCCGGACGUAGAGGUCAAGCGCACUGACCUAUAACCCGUCAGCGUGAAGUAGGAAUAGGACAGUACCACUCUUCCCUAUAGCUGAUCCAUGACCAGCUGGUCACUGCAGUUGAUGACUGAAAUGUUUGAAGACCAGCUGUUCAGGGAUCAGCUCUUGGGACAAAAUCUUAGCAUCAGCAAAAAUGUCCUCAGUGUGAAUUUGCACAUGUCGUUCUUGUCGUCCGUUUGCAGCUCUAAACUCCUCACACACUCCAAGUGUGUUUGUUGUGUUGUGUUUUGUUUUUCCUUUCUUUCAUUAGCGGUGUCUAACCUGCCUCGUGAAUUCUCUCGUGUGCCAUUACUUUCCUGCUCACUGUGAAGCUGAAUGAAGCCCCAGGUUAAAAGUCGUCAGACUGGCCUGAGGUUGAUGCCACACGCUCAGGUGGGUCGGACUGAAAAACACCAGAGGAUUCACAUGAAAUGAAAGGGUGGUAAAAGAUGAAAAUAAAGAAAUGUGGGGGAAAAAUCUUA